GGGCUCAUCAAAUCGUAUCAAAUUCAUCAAAUUUAAUCUACAAUCAUGCGCAAGUAAAUACCUUUGAAUUUGAUUCAGAAUAUCGUGAAGAUAUUGGGUAUGGGCGUGGAGGCUUAAGAACAUUAUCUAGAACUCCUAACACUAAUGUAGAUAAUUGA